CUGCUUCUUUAACUCGCGCAACGCGACUUGCUGCAUUAUUGAACUCACCUGGAUUCGCCUUGUACCCUGAUAAGCAGCUCUUCAGCAGUCCUAUAAACUAAUGUCACUAUCUCAAGAGCUUAUCGAGGAAAUCAUCGACCAUCUCAGUGACGACCGUAACGCCCUCAUUUCCUGCUCAUAUGCCUCUAGGAUUUUCUAUCAUCGUACCCGCAUGCAUCUCUUCACUUCUGCGACAUUCACAGAAUGUGGCAGUUAUCACGACCUCUCUAAAGCAAGGCUUCUCGCCGAGAUGCCUCUAGCUGCGAGCCAUAUAAAAUGGGCGCAGGUCGACCAUUGCACAACCAUGUCUACUCUCUUCCUGCCUGCAUCAUCUUCUCUAUCAUCCCUCGUUUCCUUGGACCUCAAUUAUGUUCGCUUCAGCGAACCCAACGAUUUGCACAUGGCCAUUCUCUCCCUCCCUCUUCUCAAAGAGCUCAAUAUCAAGCUGUGUUACUUCGAAGAAUUAGAGUCGGACAUCUCGGCCUUACCACGCAGCGGUCCUAUACUUGAAAAGCUGUCUAUUUUGUACCCGAAAGCGUCAAUGCUGCUGGAUCCAUUGAUGCCACUCCGCAGCGUGUACAUGGACUCUCUUGUUCAGCUGUCUUUACAGAAUCCUUCUUUGAUUGCAGACUUGAACCAAUUAAUUGAGUACUCGCACUCUACGUCGAAGCUGAAGAUUCUUAUGCUGGCAUGGAUUGAUCACGGAGCUGUCUAUGUUAAUCCUCCUACUCGACAUCUUCGUAUGACGACCUUGGAGGAACUGAACAUCGGAAUCAUACAUCAAACAUUCAGCAUGAAGCACAGGAUCAUGGAGUGGCUCAUGGAGUCCCUCCUACAAUCAGAGCCUCGCCAUCUACGCAAGCUCACAUUACGCAUUUUUGUUCAGCACAAUACGAUUUUUCGGAGCAACGGCGAAAUGUGGGCGCCGUGGCUGCGGAUAGACGACGCGCUGCCGAUGGCCAGGAUCGACAUUAUUUGGGUUUGUAAAGGAUAUAGGGAUGAUUCAGAGGGUUUGGAUCAUGUGAGUCGAGAGAUGGUAGCUUUGACGGAACGCCAGUUCUCGGCAGCUCACGAAAGAGGGAUGUUGGAGGUAACCGUGUGCACUUGAUACCAUUGGGCGGCGAUCCUUUCCGGUAUUGCUUGCUCAAGAUUCACUUGACUCUUCGCUCAGAUGUGCGUGGGUUCCUUUACGUUCCCAGUUGACUGUGGUCGUAGCAGUUGGGUCUUCACUAGUCUACUUACAACCCUUGUAAUAGUAUUGAUUCUGGCGUGCGAAAUGCAUCGAGAUAAAAUUAAGAACG